UCCAAAUAGGGCCAGCAGCAAGCGGUGCGAGCUGCUCCCACCCGCGGCGGGCCCUCCCUUCGGUGUGACAGGCCCUUUGGACUAAGGCAAGAUGCCGCUGUUAUUCCUGGAGCGAUUCCCCUGGCCCAGCCUGCGCACUUACACCGGCCUGAGCGGCCUGUUGCUGGGCCUCAGCCUGCUAAGCGCCUAUCGGAGCCUGAGCGGGGAGGCGGCAGAACGGAGCAUGCUGGAAGGAGAGGAAGCUGGGGCACAGCUGCCACCUGAGCCCGUGGACUUAGUUGAGCUGUUCCGGUACCUGGUCUCUGACAGUCUUGGGGUGUGGGUUCUAGUGAACACAGUGUGUUGCCUUUUGAUGCUGAUUGCUAAACUGAUCCAGCAUGUGGUAUUUGGUCCCCUCCGUGUUGGAGAGAGACAGCACUUGAAGGACAAGUUUUGGAACUUCAUCUUUUAUAAAUUUAUCUUCAUCUUUGGGGUACUCAAUGUCCAGACAGUAGAGGAAGUGGUCCUUUGGUUUUUGUGGUUUGCUGGAUUGCUUUUUCUUCAUCUCAUGGUGCAGCUCUGUAAGGAUCGGUUUGAAUACUUAUCUUUCUCCCCAACCACUCCAAUGAGUUGCCAUAUGCGUGUCUUGGUUCUGCUGAAUAUUAUGCUCUUGGCCUGUUGUGGUCUUGCUGUGCUGUGUGCAAUUGCUGGAUACACACAUGGGAUGCACACAUUGGCUUUUAUGGCUGCUGAGUGCAUGUUGGUGACAACAAGAACCACUCAUGUUGUGCUACGCUAUGUCAUUCACCUUUGGGACCUAAACCACGAAGGAACAUGGGAGGGCAAAGGGACUUAUGUAUACUACACAGAUUUUGUGAUGGAGCUCAGCCAUCUGUCCAUAGACCUAAUGCAUCAUAUUCACAUGUUGCUUUUUGGUAAUAUCUGGCUGUCCAUGGCAAGUCUUGUCAUCUUCAUGCAGCUCCGCCACCUCUUUCAUGAAUUUCAGCGCCGAAUACGACGCCACAAAAACUACUUACGAGUUGUUGGAAACAUGGAAGCUCAUUUUGCUGUAGCAACUCCUGAGGAACUUGAAGCUAACAGCGAUGACUGCGCUAUCUGCUGGGAUUCAAUGCAGUCUGCUCGGAAGCUUCCCUGCGGUCAUCUUUUCCACAACUCAUGCCUCCGAUCCUGGCUGGAGCAGGACACGUCAUGCCCAACUUGCAGGAUGUCCCUUAACAUGGCUGAUGGCACAAGAACUCGUGUAGAACAGCAGAGGGAAAAUCAAGAUCAGAAUGCGGUACCACUGGCAGUUACAGAAGGACGGCCACGUCUCAACCAUCAUAAUCACUUUUUCCAUUUUGAUGGUUCUCGAUUUGCUAGUUGGUUGCCUAGCUUCUCAGUGGAAGUAAUGCAUACAACCAACAUCCUUGGCCUUGCACAAGCAAGCAACUCUCAGCUGAAUGCUAUGGCCCGGCAGGUUCUAGAUAUGUUCCCACAAGUUCCGUAUCAUUUGGUUUUGCAAGAUCUGCAGCUUACGCGUUCUGUUGAAAUUACCACUGAUAAUAUAUUGGAAGGACGUAUUCAAGUUCCUUUUCCCACACAGCACCAAGACGAUGUCAGAUCUGCAACAGAAACAUCUGAAGUCAGUGCACAAGAAGAAAGCAGUACUGCCACACAGACUGAGCGUGUAAAUUUGGAUUUGAGCCCAGGUCUUGAGGAAUAUGAGGAUUUCAGCGUAAUCGAGGCUCAAGUGAGUGAUGUCGAAGAAUUUGAGGCCAGAGGCAGCAGAUUCUCCAAAUCUGCAGAAGAGAGGCAACGGAUGCUUGUCCAGAGGAAAGAAGAUAUGGUUCAACUUGCACGGAGACGUUUUUUAAACAGGACUUCAGAGGAAGACAAUCCUGACUGUUCAUCAGAGAGGGGUUCACACACAGACAGUUCUUCAGAUUCAACGACUGUGCGGAGGCGCAUGCUGGCUGCAGCGGCAGAAAGAAGAAUUCAGAUGCAACAGUCCCCACAGUAAUCCCAGUGUGCAUGGACACAACCUAACCUUGAGCCUUGUACAAUGGAUGCACACAUUGACACUUUCUUACUUUGCUCCUUGUUCAUGAGCUGUACCAGCUCACAGAGAGAAUUUAAUCUUUUAUAAUCUUAUUUUUUUGCAAUAUGUUUAGAAUAAGCAAAGCCAUUUCUUGGUUCUAAAGGCAAGUUUGCGCAUGUGAUCCUGGAUCAUUCUAACUCUUCUCUGAUUGGCAUCCUAAUGAGGAGGAACCGUCAGUAUUUUAAGCAGAGUAGGUGCCAGAAUAUUAAAGUAACAUAGGGUUUUUUUUUUUUUACAAUGAUAUUGACUAACUAACAUAAAUGUUCAGAGAAAUGGAACUGGAUGAACAACAUUAAAUGAUCUACACCAGGUAGUUGGAAUCUGUUUAUAUUACUUUAAUAGUUUUCAGAUGUCAGAUCAAUUUUUAUCAAAUUUCUGUUGUCAUAAAACAAUUGCAUGAAUACUGUGUUGCUUUAUCUAGAGUGCUUCAAGAAGGUUUGGUGAUAAUACUUAUUUUUUAGAUGUUAUGCCAAAUGAAAGUGAUUUGGAAGCGUUAAACUGUUCUGUAAGAUAUUUAAUGGGGAUGUUCACUUACACAGCACUGUAGCUUAAUAGGUAUGGUCUGUACAACAUCUGCAGACUGUAAAACAAAGUAAAAUCUGGCCACCAAAAUAUCAUGAUUUACAUUACCUAAAAGAUCAGUUUCCUGCCAAAGCAGGAGGAGCUUCCCAUUAGAUCUCUUAAAAAAUUUUCCUCUAAAAUGUAUAAGUGGGGCACAUGCAAAAGUGCUUCUGUCAUACUGGGCAUAAUGUGCCAAUCUACUUCUGUCAAGUUUAGGUAGAAUUGUUAACCCCAUAUGUGAGGAAAAAUAACUGACUGAAAUGCUACCUGUGCAGGUGGUUAUUACACUUGCAGCGCAUAUUUCUUAAAAUAUAGAUCUAUAUGAGAAAUAUAUAUCAUGAGAAUAACAAAAUAACAUUUUCAAGGUGAACUUCCUUUUCAGUACUUAAAUAUAAUAGUUAAUUUAAAAAUAUUAGCUUUAACUAUAAAACCGGACAAUAGUUGGUAAGGUUUUAGUCUGGUGAAUGAAGGGUGCAGGUUUGCAGUAAAAAGUGGAAGUGUAAUAGAACUGAGAUAAGAAAAUUUAUUGGGGCUUUUCUAAUGGGCUGUGUUAUAAAAACCAACCAUUAACCGUGGUUCAUGGUUCUUGUGUGCAGUGUGUUAGCUGGGAAACUUAGAAUUAUCCAGAAAUCAUGCAGGUCUUUUUAGGAUUCUGGUGUUACAAGGAUUUAAGAAGGCCACUCUUACCUCACCGUAAGUUUUGCUUAGUACAGGAAAAUAUCAUGUACCCGGUUUCAUGGUAUUUCUAUUAGGGAGUUGCAAAACCUUUAUAAAAAAUAAUUAACAAUGUUCAGUAUUUCCAACAUUAAAAUAAAGUUGUCUAGUUUAUCUCCAAUAGAAUCCUCAGAUACUGCAAUGUCUCAUGUCCCAGUGAGAUUAGGACAUCAAAUUCACACCUGUCCCAACUGCACGCACUGUUUUUAUUUAAUAACCUAGUAUGGAACUUGCUGCUGGCACCUUCUCUGUACUUAUAUACAGUCAUUUAUCACUGUUUGGUAAAUAACUGAUAUGCCGCAAUUACUUGAUAUUUAUCCCUUGGUUUAUCUAGUUAUUUACACAAUACAUCAUUACAAAUAACUAUUAGAUACUUAUGUGGGUGUUUAACACCUUUGAGUGCUGGCCACGUGGGCCAUAACAGGUGCCGUGUUUUGUAGAACAAUUUGCUUUUUCCAUUAGGGGAAAUAGGAACUGGAAGCAAAGCGAUUACAAGCUGGUUCUUCAUUGUCAAUACCGUAGAAAAUAUGAAUUACAGUGCUUAAUUGUUAGGGACUAACUUGUGUAGGGCACUAGGCUGCUUUUGAUGUUGAUUCUGUUGGAGAUGGCCACUACAAAGAAAGAAUCUAAAAAAUGAUAAAGAUAGUAGCUUCUCAUUCUGGUUUUUCUUUCCUGGCUGCCUGUUACACACACAAUGUCUAAAAGAAAGGUACACGUGCAUGUGUGGAUUCAUAGACAAUGCAUUUAUUUUCUGCAGUGUUACGCAAACAAGCCAAACUUCUUUUGCUUUGUUACAUGAAAACUUGCACCUUGUUUCAAGAGGCGCAUCAGUAUAUUUCUACCCAAUACGUAACUUCGUUUAGAAGGUCUGUAAAGUGUCAUUCAGAAAACAUUUUUCAUGCUACUGCCAGCACGGAAUCAUUUUGCCUUGUGAUUUGGGCUACUGCUUUUGUUUUUUAUUUAAAAUAAAAUUUGGAUCAGUGUU